UGUAAGGUAGGAAGGAGGGCCCUUUGCUGCUUUGUUGUUUUGUUCCUGUGGACUGACGCGGCCUUUAGAAGGUGGCUUUUGUGUGCAGACAAGAGACCUGGUUUCAAAUGCCAGCCGGAGCAUCUUCGGGCUCAUUAAUAAUGGAGGCCUCUGACAGGGCCAGCUUCGCUUGCUUUGUUUCCACCGCAGACGAAAGGGGACAUGGACCUUUCUGUUUUGCCCAAUAACAACCAUCCUGACAAAUUCCUGCAGCUUGACGUGAAGUCUUUAAUGAGGAACUCGACCCUUCUGCAGGCUAGCCUCGCGAGAUUUCCCGGUGGAAAUUUUCCUGCUCCACAACACUGGCAAAACCUUGUCUACUCCCAGAGCCCUGGGGCUUCUCAGAGGAGAUCUGUGAGCUGGAGUGAAAAGCCAGUGAGAGAAAAGAGCAUCUCUUCUCAACGGGCUAAAGGAUUUGGUGGGGAGAACCCAGUCCUUCCUGACAGUGCCCCACCAUCCAUGUCUUCAGUCAUGAAGAAUAACCCAUUAUAUGGUGACAUCAGUAUAGAGGAAGCUAUGGAAGAAAGAAAGAAGAAUCCUUCGUGGACCAUCGAGGAAUAUGACAAGCAUUCUGCACACACGAAUCUCUCCGGACAUCUGAAGGAAAACCCCAAUGACCUGCGCUUUUGGUUGGGGGAUACGUACACUCCAGGCUUUGACACUUUGCUGAAAAAGAAGAAGAAACGCAACAAGCGAUCGAAAUUAUGUCACUUUGGCAUGAUUGUGCUCCUUGUGGCCUCCAUCUUGGUUACCAUAGUGACCCUCAGCACUUUAUUGGUCUAAGGAAAUUGAAAAUCCUUCUUUAAAGCUCUAAAACGCUUUACAGGAAAAUCUGUCUGUGCAUUGUGAAUGUGUGCGUCUGUGUCGCUAGCUGUCUGUGUGACUAAACACCCCGUUGUCCUUUAGAAGGUGAGCAUUGCUUGUGUUUUGCUGGCCUCCCUGCUUCGUUCUGUGAAGCCUGUGUGUGAGUCCAGUCUGGGUUUUCUCCUUUGUGAAGCCAAUAUUCUAGAGUGGGGUACAAGUCACCAGUGGGCAAGGCACUGGUGACACUCGAGGAAUGCUGCCACUCUGAGGAUUCAUUUGAAUGACAAUGAGAACAGAAUAGAUUAUCAGAGGAGGGAGUUGGCUUAAGGACUCCAUAGGACAGGGAAGUAGCUUUUCCCUCAAAGUCAUUUCCAGUUGUCUUUUGGGUGUGGAUACCUAGGAACAAGUGCACCACCUCCUACUCCCAGAACAUCUUCCCUAAAGCCCCCACUGCCACUCCCAAUGCUAUUUAGUGUGUAAAUCAAGGUUUUUCUUCUUCCCAAGAGUGCCCUUGGAUAACGCCUUAUUAUCUCGCUGUGUUGCUCUUAAAGAGACUUGAAGUAAAGUAUAUAAAAAUGAAGGUUUACUGGAUAAUAAAUUAUUGUGUACAAAGCAAAAUUGGUCUUGCUGAUCUUUGUACUGUCUGACUUAAAAUUCCUCUUUUUGUUGUGGGUUCCAGUCCAGUGUAGAAAGGAUGGUAGGGAAAUAAAUGAAGGUGGGGGGUCCUCCUGAUGUCAGGCUCACACCCUUGGAUGUCCUUGUACUUUGCCUUUUUGCACUGCCUGCAAAGUGCCUCUGGGGGUUUGAGUCCUGCUCAGGGAUCACCAUGCAUGGUACUUGCCUGUGCUGAACUGGGUUAUUUGUGUCCAUUCAAGACAGCGCCCAGAUGAGGCUUUGUAAAAAUGGGAUGGAUAACCACAGAAAUGUGAUGGCUGUUUAUGGGAACGCCUAGCCUGGCCCGCCCCCACUCCCACUUCCCUUUCUCCUUCCAGUUGAGCACUUCCUGACUCCUCUACUCCCUAGCCUUCCUCUCCUUUUAUUUAUGGUACCUUUGGACACUUACUUCUUUUGCAUGAGUGAAUUUAUUACUUUGCUUUUAAACGAAUAUCCACUGUUAGCUUUCAAUGUAACUGGACUCAAGCUACAAUAUCGCCCCUGACUGAUUUAAUGGUAUGUGUCUCUAGGUAAGGGAAAGUCAUAAUGGGAAUGUGUCCUUGUUUGCAUGCAAAUUUAUAACCUGCAUGCACUUCUAAUUCCCUUGUGAAAAUAGCUCUGGCA